GUUACUCAUGAAACAAAUUGCCGAUCUUCGCGGUCUCUUGUUAGUCUUUUAAUUGUCUUCCCGGCUUUGUCACAUCAUCUUGCUUGAUCUAGUUCACAGCGUCGCCAUGUUUUUAUUUUAAAUCUCCCUCUAGAUCUAGAUCUAGAUAAAACCCAGCAUACUGAAGGAUGGACUAACACAAUGUGCCCCCAGAAGAAAGUGGGCGUGUAAAAGUGUGCUGCCUUCACAGAUUUUUAAACAUAUCUAGUAAACCUGGCUAACAGCUUACGUUUAAUUUAAGCAAGAACAUAGGAGAUUAACAAAUUAGCAAAGCAAAUUAUAUUCUAAUAAACAUCUCAAAUUCACAGAUGAAUCUACAGAUAAACAAUUAGACAAACUAUAGACCAUCACUGUUUACAUUCAGGCAAGCAAUGUCCAGUCAUGAAGAUCAAGUGACUGUUUGGAAUCAAAGUGAAACACUGACCUACAUCGACGAGUCUAGGCUGUUUAUCAGUGACGAUGUCAGAGCCAUCAUUUUAGUGAUCAACUAUUGCGUUAUUGGUGUUGUGAUUAACACAUUUGGAAUCAUCACCAAUAUUAUUAAUUUGAUCGUCUUCUCAAAGAUGGGGCUCAAAGACACGGUCACCAUCAGCUUGUUUGGGCUCACCCUUUCAGACAUGUGCAGUCUGCUGACCCUGCUGUGGUCAGGCAUAUGCUACAACCCGCUGUUCCGUUACUCGGACAUAGCUAUUGAAUCUUUCGAAGUGGAAUACAUUACGGCUGGAGCGCCCCACGUUUGCUUCACAAGAAUAACAGGGCUGAUAACUGCGUACAUCACCAUUGAAAGGUGCCUGUGUAUUGCUCUCCCUUUGAAAGUGAAGUCACUUCUGACGCCUAAGCGAACGGUGGUAAUCGUUACGUUAAUAUUCGUGUUCAACAUUGCGAAUGUGAUUCCAGCAUUUACAGUCGAUAAUCUCGAAUACAAGUAUUACCCAAGUAGGAAUCGAUCUCUUAUUGGACUUGUGUUUCAGGCUUAUAGGGAAAAAGUUGAAACAUAUUGUUUCGCUUCUAGUAAUUUUCUCUGCUACGUCACGUUUCUAAUUGUGGUCACGUGUACAGCUGUCUUGGUAUUUAAGCUAAACAACCAAAGAAAAUGGCGUCAGGAGAGGUCGUCUUUAGAAAACGCAGUUGCUCUGGUUACAAAAGACAAGAAAGUAGUCAAAAUGGUGAUCAUUAUUUCCGGCAUUUUUAUCGUCUGCUACUUUCCUAUGACUGUGGUGUUCAUGGGAACGAUAGCCGUUUCUGAAUUUGGAUUGGUCGGACGCUAUGAAAAUCUGUACCACGUGAUUUGUUCGGCAGGGUACGCCUUUGAAAGUAUAAACUCUUGUGUUUCUGUAUUUAUUUAUACAAAAAUGAGUUCGAAAUACAAAAGAGUGUUUAUGAACUUCCGCUUACGAAGAAAUACAGAAUCGAAUGAAAAGGCGAUUGCAAAAUAUAACUAAGCAAUAUCAAAGAUAUUCUGGUAGUCCUGCCAAGCAUCCUGUGGAUUAAAAAAAAUAAUAACACCUGCCC